CACCACGCGCUUCCCCACUGAACUCCGCGAACUCCAGACUCGUCUCUUUUUUUACCCGAAAGAAUAUCGGUGAUUUUUGUCCACUGCGAGAGAAGAACAAAAGAAGCGGGAGCCCCGGGCGCUUGAGAUGCCGCGGGACCCCUAUUUAUAAGCGCGCGCCCGCCCGCCCGGCCACCCCGGGAGCCGUCGGGCCUUGAGGGGUGAGAUCGCGGACCGCACGCACCCCGUCUACCCUGGGUACCGCAGCCUCUGCCCUUUCGAUGCCCUGUCUGCCCUGGGACUGCUGGCCUUCCCUGGAGAUCCGAGUGGUCCUGUGUGCCAUGGGCUGCAUUCAGAGCAUCGGGGGCAAAGCCAGAGUCUUCCGGGAAGGCAUCACGGUGAUCGACGUGAAGGCCUCCAUCGACCCCAUCCCCACCAGCAUCGACGAGUCCUCCAGCGUGGUGCUGCGCUACCGGACCCCGCACUUCCGGGCCUCGGCCCAGGUGGUCAUGCCGCCCAUCCCCAAGAAGGAGACCUGGAUCGUGGGCUGGAUUCAGGCGUGCAGCCACAUGGAGUUCUACAACCAGUACGGGGAGCAGGGCAUGUCCAGCUGGGAGCUCCCCGACCUCCAGGCGGGCAAAAUCGAGGCCAUCAGCGACUCGGACGGGGUGAACUACCCCUGGUACGGCAACACCACGGAGACCUGCACCAUCGUGGGCCCCACCAAGAGAGACUCCAAGUUCAUCAUCAGCAUGAACGAUAACUUCUACCCCAGCGUCACGUGGGCCGUGCCGGUCAGCGAGAGCAACGUGGCCAAACUGACCAACAUCUACCGCGACCAGAGCUUCACCACGUGGCUGGUGGCCACCAACACGUCCACCGACGACAUGAUCAUCCUGCAGACGCUGCACUGGCGCAUGCAGCUGAGCAUCGAGGUGAACCCCAGCCGGCCCCUGGGCCAGCGCGCCCGGCUGCGGGAGCCCAGCGCCCAGGACCAGCCCAAGAUCCUGAGCAAGAACGAGCCCAUCCCGCCCAGCGCCCUGGUCAAGCCCAACGCCAACGACGCCCAGGUCCUCAUGUGGCGGCCCAAGUACGGCAAGCCGCUGGUGGUCAUCCCGCCCAAGUACCGGUAACGCCGGCGGCCGCCGGGUCAGACCGCGGGGCGGGCCG